AUGCGCAAAGGGGUCACAGAGAACAAAAAUCAAACCAGCAGCCCUGACUUCCUGCUCCUGGGAUUCUCUCAACACCCAGAGCAGCAGCCUCUCCUCUUCGGGCUCUUCCUGGGCGUGUACCUGGUCACCGUGCUGGGGAACCUGCUCAUCAUCCUGGCCAUCGGCUCUGACCCUCGCCUCCACACCCCCAUGUACUUCUUCCUGGCCAACCUGUCCUUCACUGACACCUGCUUCUCCUGCACCAUUGUCCCCGAGGUCCUGGUAAACGUCCACACACAGCGCUAUACCAUCUCCUACACGGGGUGCCUCGUGCAGAUGUACUUCUUCAUGGCAUUGGCCCUGCUGGAUGACUUCCUGUUGGCCGUGAUGGCAUAUGACCGCUACGUGGCCAUCUGCCUUCCUCUCCACUACGCCACGAUCAUGUGUCCCCAGCGCUGCCUGCUGCUGGUUGCGGCAUCCUGGCUCUGCUCCCACCUCCUGGCCUUCUCACUCACUCUCCUUAUGUCUCGGUUUUCCUUCUGUGCCUCCCAUUCCAUCCCGCACUUCUUCUGUGAUCUCCUCCCACUCCUCAAACGUGCCUGCUCAGACACUCACAUCUUUCAGACCAUGAUGUUUGCAGAAGCAGCCCUCUCGGGUGUGGUCCCUCUCACCUGUGUCCUGGUCUCUUAUGCCCACAUCAUCCACACCAUCCUCAGGGUCUCCUCUGCUGGGGGGAGGCAGAAAGUCUUCUCUACCUGUGGCUCUCACCUGACAGUGGUCACACUCUUCUAUGGAACUGUCUUUCUGGUAUAUUUCCAGCCCUCAUCCUCGUACUCAGCAGACACUGGAAUGGUGGCAUCUGUCAUGUACACGAUGGUCACCCCCAUGCUGAACCCCUUUAUCUACAGCCUGCAGAACAGGGACAUGAAGGAGGCUUUGUGGAGACUCCUUGGCUGGGGAAGAUGUUCCGCCCCAUAA